AACCGCAGCUCAAAACGCAGCAGAGCAGAGCAGAGGAGAAGACGAACGAAAAAACGGAGGAUGCCUGAAGAGAAGCAACCGGCGACGACGAAAUGCGAUCGGCUGCAAAGCGCAUUGAUGGAUUGCCACAGGCGGAUCGGGCCGGGUCUGGCUCGCGAGGCGGCGUGCCGGCACUUGAACCGGAGUCUGGCGGAGUGCCUGGUGUCGGUGGCGUGCCCGGAGGAGUGGGAAGCGGUUCGGAGCCUGUGCGGUAGUGGAGGAACGGGUCUGAAGCGGUCGCAGUGCCAAGAGGCUCAGCUCUCGCUCUCAGUCUGCCUCUCCUCUCACCAACACCAACUCAACAACCCAAAUGCAGAAUAGAAGAUAUAUACAUAUUUUUUUACUUUUUAUUUUGUUAAUAAUUAGGAUGCAUAAUACAAAAAUGUAAUUUUGAUGGAUGAAGCUUUUAUUUUAUUUUGUGAUUGGUUUAUUGGAUUAAGCUCA